CCUAAUUUCAUCUUUAAUGCAGAUCGUUAUUUAUUAUUUAAUUUCCAUUUGUUCUCAGAAGCGCAUCAAGAAGAUCAUGCAGAAGGACACGGAGGUCGGCAGGAUUGCGAUGGCUGUUCCUGUGAUCAUCUCUCGAGCCUUGGAGAUGUUCCUGAAGUCUCUGCUGACUAAAACCUGCCUGAUCACUCAGUCCAAGCUGAGUGCCGUCGUUUCCGUGGCUCACAUGAAGCAGUGCAUCGAGUCAGAGAAACUCUUCCACUUCCUUAAAGAUUUGGCAGAAAGAACUUCGACUACGGCGGCCCAGAAGGACAACAGAACGGGGAUGAACGUGUGGCCGUUAUACAGGAACAAAGGACACGAAAUUUGUGCUAAAAAGCCGCCCGAAGCCGCAGAAACGUCUCUGGACAACGAGGACAGCUCCAGUGAAUCGGAGCUUUACAUCUGCUUAUAACCAGCAGAAACGGCGUCGAAUCGUCGUUUAAUUUCUGUUCAACAGGAUAAAAGUGACGUUUACGACUACAACGUUCAUAUUUAAGGUGUUUAUGGGAAAAACAUUUAAGUUUAGUGCUUUGUUGGAUAGAAAUGGUUAAUUUUGAGGCUAAAUUAGUUUGUUGUUAGUUUUCAGCACAGAAAUCUAAAUAAAUCAUGAAUUUUUAGUUAAUGAAAAGUUUGUUCGGAUGUAAAAUUAUAGUUUCUUGUAUUUUUAAAACUGUGCAUCUUUUUUCUUGUCUUUUCUUUUUUACUGUAGUUUGAUGUUUUUUGUUUUGUUUUGGUUGUUUUCCAGUAAGAGGAUCUUUAAAACUUUCACUUGUAAAUUAAUGUUUUAAAGACAGAAAACACUGAAAUGAAAUAAAUAACGUGUGAAUAAAUAAUUCCACCCAGAUGAAGAAUAAAAAGCAGGACAAGAGGAACAGACAGAUGUUUUUGAAUUAUGCUGCAGCUUGAAGGAGAAUAUUCCAGUUUUUGCAGCAUUUUUUCUGCUUUAUUUGAUGAAACCUUUCUAUAUUUUUGUUGUUUUCAGCCAGAAAAUAUUUAAAAAACUAAUAGUUCCCUGCAUUAUUCUUUAAAAACAAACAUUUGCUGUCAGAUAAAUGCAGGAGAAAGUGGAAGAUUUUGCUCCAAAAUGUUGUAAAAUAACAUAAAAAUCCUCAAUUGAAGUACAAGUGUGUGAAAAUGGUACUAGAGUAUCUAGAGUACUUUCAACCACUGGGUAAAAUCUUCACAUUUAAGAACCAGCACAACAGAAAAAGCACAAAUAUUCCGUCUGAAAUGUGAAGGAUAAAAGUUGCAAAAACUGCAAAUACUCGAGUACGAGUUCCUCAAUUAUGCUUUAGGAAAGUACUUGAGUAAAAGUACUUUCUGCUACUGAGACAUCGUGGAGAUGACUUUAAAAGACCCCAAAAAAACUGCUUGCUAUUAGAUCCUUUAGUUUGAAGCUCAGAAAACAAUGAAUUUAGUUGUUUUUGUUCUUUUGAAAUGUGAUUUGAAGCCAUUUUGUUUGUUUUUCUGACAUUUGAUCACAGCUGAUGCCACUUCAAUGAGAAUAUUCUACUUUUUGCAAUUUUUUUUCCCCCUUUUUUGCUGUCGUUUGAAGAUAUUUGUUGAAACUUUUCUAUUUUUUUUGUUGUGUUUCAGUAAGAAAAGACUAAAACAAAACGUGAGCUGCAUCGAUUUCUCAAACCAAACUUGUAAAUUAAAGUUCCAAAGACAGAAAAACACUGAAAUGAAACGAAAACAAACAACGUGAGGGAGAAUAAAAACAGCAGAGGAGCGUACAGGGAUCGAUUUUAUUCCAAGAAACUAAUCUUUUUACACGGCGGUGGGGUGAAAUGAGGAAUAAAUAGGUGCUUUUUUUUUUAUUCUGAGAGCUUUUUCUUUUACUGGAAAUGUACACUUUGAAGCCAAAUGAAGCAGAACGUCUCUUCAGUUGCUACGCUGCGACCUGCGUGAGGAAACGUUUCCGCCGUAGGUCCGAGAAAAGACGCCGCCGGCUUCGUGAUGGAAAUCAAGUGAGAACGGAUAAAAACGUUACAGUACUGCUGAGGAUCCUCCGAAACCAAACAUGCA